AUCGAACCAGUAGUAUGCUUCAAAUGCCAUCUCGAACAAACUUUUUUUAAUUCUUUUAUGAAAAUCGGUGUGCAAAUUAAGAUUUAAAUAAGAAGCCGACGAGAUACGUGUGAAAAAUGGUUAAUGACUCGGGUCUUUCGACUGUUGAUGACUUGGAGAAAAAACUGAACACUGCCAAGCAGUCCCUGGUAAUCCUAAAUGAGAAUAUUCGCCGCAUAUCUGGUCGCGUCCAUGUCCAUACGAAGGAUGCCCCCCAUGCCCUGCAGAGGACUGAUAAAUACAAAUACAACCAAGAUGCAAAGAAGAACAACGACAACAACGGCGGCGACAACAGGCAGUUCAUGCGGAACGGUCCCGGGAACGGCCCCUUCAACAACAAGCGCCGCAUAUACGACUCCAAGUCGGUGACUCCCCGGUUUCCCAUCGAGGAGAACGAAGGUCGUCCCCCGAGGAUAAACUCCAGAGUCAUUCGGGAACUGCCAUCCAAAAAGGAGGUGGUAGAAGCGCAGGGAACAGAUUCCGAGUCGCGGGCCCGAAAUCGCAGGAUGUUUGGAUCUCUGCUGGGCACAUUGCAGAAGUUCUGCCAGGAGGAAUCGCGUCUGAAGAGCAAGGAGGACAAGAAAGCCGAGAUAGAGAAGAAAGUGGAAAAGCAGGAGCUGCAGGAAAGGGCACUACUCAGGAAGGAGCGCGAAUCGCUCUUCUUAAAUAGGAAACAGAAGCAAUUUGAGAUCCGAAGAUUGGAAUAUAAAAUGGCCCGACUGAAGGACUUCAAGAGCUGGGAAGCAACGAUGAUAUAUUCCAAAAAUAAUAUAAGAACCAUAACUAAACCCCAUCUCUUCUAUCGGCCAAAAGCGCACUCUGCGAUAACGGAGAAAUUGCUAAGUAAAAGCAAAGGUGAUGCCGACAUCUUUAUAGAAUGCCGGCGCGAAGAAUUAGAGGCCGAGCUCAGAAACUUGGAAAACAUCAGCUUUAUGAAAAUGGAAGGCGGCGAUAGCAGCAUGAUGGACACCAGCUUCUAUGAUGAACCCGAUGAUGAUGAUGAGCUAUUGGGAAGUGGGGCCAAUCGAUAAGUGUAAGUAAGUUUAAGUCAACCAAAAGGAGGUCAGAAGAUCGACUUGGUGUGGUCGGUAGUGGAGUUAGGUGGUGCCUUUGAUUAAUUUCUCGACCCAUCACGAUUCAACAAAUAGUUUGGUUUUCAAAAUGUUUCUCCAAAAUUUAGAUAAUUGUAAGAAACACGUGGAUUUAUAGUGUACACACUUUUCAAUUAUCCGGUCAUCAUUCGUAUUAAUAAGUGCAUCUUUUUAGUUGGGUAUAAACAUACAUACCUAUAGAAUCGUUCAUAACAACAGCUUGCAGACUUUUCUAGUUACCACUUUCAUAUGUUAAUGUAAUGUAAUUAUUAUUCUUGUUUAAAUUAAAGUCGACAUAA